AUGCACGGUAGACAAUCUGUUUCCACCAAUUAUCUUUUUCAGCUGCGAGGUCCCUGUUCUAACGGAAGAUUCACUAUGUCUGCGAUUGAUUUGGCAAAAAGGAAGGCUUGUGAAGCUGCGGUCGAAGAUUGGCUUCAGAAUGAGCAGGUGGUCGGUGUGGGUAGUGGCUCCACUGUAGAGUAUGCUGUGGAGGCAAUUGCCAAAAAAAUCAGACAGGCGCAUUGGCGCAUUAAAUGUGUUCCAUCAUCCUAUCAAGCUAGAGAGUUGCUGAUAAAAAACAAUGUUGAAAUGACCAGCCUUGACGUGGAUGAACAUCUGGAUGUUGCUUUUGAUGGAGCUGACGAAGUUUGCGAAAACUUGACUCUUAUCAAGGGCGGUGGUGGCUGCCUGCUGCAAGAGAAAAUUGUUGCAUCGUGUGCGAAGGAUUUCAUUGUUCUCACUGAUGAACGGAAGUUUUCAAAAAAACUCGGGACCCAAUGGACUAAAGGCCUGCCAAUAGAGGUUAUUCCAAUGGCUUGUAAGCCUGUUCAAAAGUUCAUCCAAAGACGCUUCGGAGGAGAAGUUCUGAUACGUCCAGCCGUGACGAAGUUGGGGCCUCAGUUAUCCGAUAAUGGUAACUUUCUGCUGGAUUGGAAGUUCGACGCAGCAAAAGACUACGAUUGGCCCCAGAUGGAAAUAGAAUUGCUUCGCAUCCCAGGCGUCGUUGAGACGGGUUUAUUCGUCGAUAUGGCUCGCAAGGUUUACAUCGGAAAUCUGGAUGGCUCAACAAGUAUACUGGGAUAACCGUGGACUCGCAAAUUCGCGAACUUAUUAAGUGCCUUAAUUUGGUUGUUUUUAUACCCUUUCCAGUUAUUUGGAAACCAGAUUCUGAUCAAUUGGACACACCCUCUAUUUUGGGAUCUUUCAUAUAACUGAGAAAUGUAUUUCUUGAAACAAUGAAACACUACUGCUUCCUUGUCUAACGUCUUGGGUUUCCUGUAAACCAUGUACAGCAAAAUAGCGUUUAAUAACGCAAAUAGAAAUC